AGGUCCACGAAGAAGAAGCGCGACGCUAAAGAAGUGGAUAAAAAUUCCCCAUCCCAAGAGUGUGAACCGUAAUCAACACAGACGUGAAUCAGUAGACGUACAAUACGAAUGUCCGGUAAUCGGUGACCCUUGACCCUUGAGAGAUCUCCAUUUCCUCCGUACUCCAGCAACGCGAUCUCUUUGUUCUCAUCGGACGCCAGGGUUCAACGCAUAGUACAGAGGCGGAGAACGCGUGUCUGCGAUAUAAAAUAUCAUCAGGGUCACCGUGAUGCGUGACGUUCGGUAAGCGGCUCUGCUGCAGCCACGCCGGCACAGUCCGCGGUGUGCAGCGAGCCGAACAACGAGUGGUUCAUCCAAGUCGAAGUCGAAGAGGUGUUCGACCGAUUUCUUCGAGAGUUCAUCCGUCCUUCAGCAGCGUCCCUCUUUAUGAGAGUGGGACUGGCUUUUUGGCACUGUUUUCGAGGCCUCCGGUACGCUCGACCAUCGCUUGGCGCCUGGGCCGGUGGAAUGAGGUGCGAUAAGAGCGAGCAACGCGUGCCGAGAUUGGAAUACGAGCAUCCGGUGCCACCGCAAUGACCGGUGGUGAUUCGCUGGGACGAUUUUACUCCGGGUGUCGACUGGACACACACCGAUGAGAACCUGGCCAAGCUGUGCGUAGAACGCGCAGUAUCCGCUUUUGCCAUUCACCGCGGCCCCGACGCCGUCGGUACACUCCGUAAACAAACUCUCAAUUUUUAUUUCCAUUUUCUUUUCGGCGCAGGAUAUUUAUAAACGUCGUCAGAUGGCUCGGACCGUCACCUGCCUCCGGUAUUUUCUACUCGCCUACGUCAUCCUGCUCGGCAUUUCUGGCAUCAUCGUCUCCGUAGGAUCUGGGAUAUUCAUUUACCAGCUGAAACAGUACCGGCCCUUGACUCCGGACGAUGUCUGCGGGUCGUCGAUCACCCUCCUGAUCAUGGGUCUGGUCACUUGUCUCCUUGGAUGGGGGGGAUGGCACAUCGUCGAUUCGACUCACAGGGUGCAAGUCAUAUGUUUUGCCGUGGUUUUGGGCACGGUCGCCUUCGUGGAAGCCGGCACCGGAAUAUGGGCUGUGAUUAAGCACGAACAGAUCGACCCUUUACGCACUUCCGACCACGAGACGGCCUUCGCUCUUGCUACAACCGACGAAAAAUCCACAUGGGAUCGGAUGCAAAUAAGGCUGGGCUGUUGCGGCAUCGAUGGACCCGCCGACUACAGGAUCCUGGACUCCGUUCCUUGGUCCUGCUGCGACACAUCCUCGGUAGAAAAUCCAGAAGCCGUUGCCAGUGGCACUUGUACCACGAUGUAUUCCAGAGGAUGCUUACACUUCGUUGUUAACCGAACGCGUUCCAUUCUCCUUCACGUUUUCCUACUCGCACUUUGCUCCGUUCUCCUCCAGGUGUGCGGGGUGAUAUGCGCAUGUUUCUUUGCUCGAGCGAUAAAGGAGGGCGCUGCAAGAAGACGUCGUGAUAUCCUGUCGCUUAGCGGGAUGAGAAACUCCCGGAAUGCAUCGCCUAUGCGAAAUGCAUCCAGUACAGGGGUGGAUUCUCAGCUGGUGGUUAAACCCCGAGUACCGCCAAGACGAAAGACUUAGUUUUUACGUAUGACUUAUGAUAGUCAAAUAGAAUAUGGUAUAACCUUGAUAUAUACCCGCAGAAAUGAGAUGAGAAUUGAUUAUCUCACUCGUUGAUUACGCCUAAGUUUUAUUAUAGAAAUAAUCUGUACAGCAACCGAACUGAAUUUUGUACUGCAUAUAAUAGUAUUUGCUUUUAUUCACCCACGUCACGGUUAUAGCUCAUUGUGUGCAGGCUGCUCAGCACAUAAUACAUUGUACAUCCAUUGUAGACGUAAGUGACUUUAUCAAAUCAAAUAAACUAUUUAUAACUUG